CUACAUGUCUUUGGUGAAAAUAACCCAAAUCAGUGCUUAUUAUUUAGUCUGUAGGAAAGCUAUAGAGUUCACAAACUAUAGUAUAUAUCUGAAAAUUGAUCGAUCCUGAAGAACUGACGGCCAAUCUAAUUUUUGAGACCCAAAAAUGUCAAAACAGUACAGAUAUCCCCCAAAUGACCCCUUUUUGCAAAGUAGACAGUCCAACAUAUUUCAUAUGAGGUAUGGCGAGUUUUCUGAACUUGUAUUUUUUUUUCAUAAUUUUUCGGAAAAAGAAGAAUUUUAUUUUUUACAUACUGUC